UCUUUGUCACGCUCGAGCGUGGUCUUUGUCACAGGGCAAUAUAUAAAGAAUUAUUUUACAAAUAAGUCUAAAUAUCUUAUUCUUUGUAAUUUUUAACUAUGCAUGCCGUUCUUGCUAAUGUUUUAUGCCGGUGUAUUUUGCAAAGAUUUAGUUUUGUAACAAGGUGUCUUUGUUAUAGUAACGAUAAAAUCGCUGAUGUUUGUCGUGACUUAUGUAAAUUGUAUCAUAUGAAAGCAUAUCAAUCAGUACAGUGGAUAUAUAUAUAUUUGCCUGUAACAUCGAUCGAUACCUGAAAAGAUUCGUGCAUGCAUGAUCCAUAACAUGUACUGUAUGUACUGGUACCUGUACGCCAUUAGGCUUUCAUUAUGCCUUUUCUAAAAAAAGUGCUUCGUCACCAAUGCAAUAUGUGAUGUUUAUUGCACCAGGCUUAGAUGAUUAGGGCUCGUCAGUCCUUUAAAAUAGAUCCACAUACUUAUACAGAGUAUUUAGACGUGUCCUUAUACAACUGUAUGGUACUUAUAAAAUAUAAGCUGGGUCUAAAGCUCCAAUUGCGUUGUUCACGCGUUCGAUUUCACACAUAAACCAUGGAUCCUGAACAGGUGAAUCAGCCUGAUCAGCUCUUGCCUCAGGAAGACACUGAAGUCAAAUUUAAUUACAAAUACAAAUACUACACACUGCCUGCUGUGAGAUAUGUGAACUUAUUGAAGUUGUUUCUAAUACUGGAUGGAAUUUCUGUCCUUGUGCUGUGGUUAGUAGGUGGCAACAGUGUUUACUUUGAAUACAGCAUCACUCAUUUUCACUGGACUGAAUCCGUCUUUGACACAGUCUUAGUAACAGUUACAAAGGUGGUCAUUCUAUUCGCCAUCUACUCCUUGCUGGAGGAUGUUUCAAUGAAGCUAGUAGAUGAACCAUUUAACUCGACUUUACAAGGACAUAAAAGAUGGCUGCAUGCAUUUUGUAUACUAUUCAGUAUUUUGUGCCUAGCACAUGCAUCAACCAAGGGAGGAUUUGUAUUAUAUCGCUACUUACACGACUCAGACUACAGUGGAAUGCAUAUAACAUACUAUGUGGCCCUCAUCACAUCAGCAACAUUUUGCUUUCUGGAGACUUUGAUGUCUCUCUUGAGUUUUACUUUCAUGCAGAGGUUAAAAGUGUUCCGAGUUUUGCACAGACUUGAUGAGCAUUAUAGGGAGUUGGAUGAAAAUGGAAAACCUAUCAAGAAAAAAGUUGAUCUUAAAAGGAUGCUUUCUUUGGCAAAGCCGGAAGCUGGCUUAAUCACCGUAGCAACCCUGUGUCUGUUAGUCUCCAGUGGCACUACAAUGAUAGCACCACUGUUCUUUGGUAAGGUGGUGGAUGCUGCACUUAUAUCUAUGGAAAAACUGAAUUUGACGAUUCUCAUUUUGGGCUUAAUAUAUGGAGUUGGAUCAAUUUUUUCCUUUUUACGGGCAUGGUUUUUUACCCUAUCUGGACAAAGACUGGUAGCACGUCUCAGAAAAGAUCUAUUUAAUAGUGUGAUCAAGCAGGAGGUGGCUUUCUUUGAUGUCAACAGGACUGGAGAGCUGACCAACAGGCUGUCAUCAGACACUCAGGUUAUCCAGAAUGCCAUCACAGUGAAUAUGUCAAUGCUGUCCAGGAAUAUACUUCAAAUCAUUGGAUCUUUGGUUAUAAUGUUUGUCCUGGAUCCAGCUUUAACUGGUGUACUACUGUCUGUGGUGCCUAUAGUGUCUCUUGGGGCAGUGCAAUAUGGUUACAUGGUGAAGAAUCUUCGGCAGAAGUUUCAGGACCGUCUUGCAGAUGCCAGCACCACUGCAGAGGAGGCUUUGUCUAGUAUCAGGACUGUGAGAAUGUUCACCAGUGAGAAGAAGACCUCUCAGCAUUAUGGAUCUGAUAUUGACAAAAGCUACCAAGUUGGAAAGAAGUUGGCCCUUGUUCAAGGUGGAUUUGAUGGAGUGAUAGGUAUCAUUGCUUAUGGUGCCAUUGUGUUGGUAUUGUGGUAUGGAGGAAAACUGGUGAAUGAAAAGCAGUUAUCUCCUGGGAUAUUAACAUCCUUCUUGCUGUAUACUCUCCAAGUAGCUAUGAGUUUUGCUAUGUUGUCUUCACUUUAUGGAGAUUUUAUGCAGGCUGUUGGAGCUUCAAUUCGCAUAUUUGACCUGAUGGACAGGAAGCCAGAAAUCCCCAUUGAAGGUGGUUCACAGAUUGUGGAUAUGGAAGGAUCUGUAGAAUUCCAGGACGUGUUCUUUACAUACCCAUCCAGACCAGAUACACAGGUGCUAAAGGGUGUUUCCUUCAAAGUGGAACCUGGCCAAGUGGUAGCACUGGUGGGGCCAUCUGGUGGUGGGAAAUCCACCAUUGUGAAUAUGAUUGAACGUUUCUAUGAUCCAGAGUCUGGGUGGAUCAGACUGGGAGGCAAUGAUCUUACUACACUGGAUCCCCAAUGGUUUAGACAGCAGAUUUCUAUGGUUAGCCAGGAACCAACACUGUUUGCCUGUUCAAUAAAAGACAACAUAUCAUAUGGCAAAGAUUGCACACUAGAAGAGGUGGUGGAAGCAGCCAAACAAGCCAAUGCUCAUAAUUUCAUAAUGGGUUUUGAAGAGCAGUAUGAUACUCUUGUUGGUGAGAGAGGAGUGCGGCUGUCUGGAGGACAGAAACAAAGAGUGGCUAUUGCCAGGGCUCUUAUUAUGAACCCUUCCAUACUUUUACUUGAUGAGGCUACAAGUGCACUGGAUGCUGAAAGUGAACACCUGGUACAGGAAGCCAUAGACCACGCCAUGAAAGGCAGAACAGUGAUUGUCAUUGCUCAUAGAUUAUCAACUGUCAGAAAUGCGAAUGUAGUUGCUGUAGUGGACAAAGGAAAAAUAGUAGAGCAAGGAACACAUGAAGAGUUGCUGGCUCAAGAUGGGGUAUACAAAAGAUUGGUGUUGAGACAGCUGAUGGCUGGGGCAACAAAUGGUUUAGACUUUAAUAUAAAUAAUGAUAAAGAUGAUAGCAAUGGCCAUUUACUUGACUAAAUAUAGGUAAAGUUAAUAAGCAACAGUGUCUUAUUUAUUUUACGAUCCUGUGUCUCACAUUUACCAAGCAUUUCUAUAUAUGUGGUACAGGAAGCCACACACAUACACAUUUAUAUGUCAGUCACAGCUAUUGUUAGCACCAAAUCUGGAGAUGCUUUAUAUAAAAGGACACAGUAUAUACAAUUUUACGUUUGUAUUUGAUGGUAACAUUACAUAAUGACAGAUAUGCAGGGUUUAUAGUUUUUUUUACUAAUUUUAAAAUUUAUUUGUAGUA